AAAACAAAGCUUGUUAGCAAAUAGUACACACAAUCUUUCCUUCUCUCUCUCUCUCUCUCUCUCAUCACAAUGGAGAAUUCGCCGAGAUACAGAGAUGCUUCGACGAAUCCGAAUCCAUCUCCCCGAUGCAGUAGCAGCAGCACUGAAAGCAACAAGCCACCCAUAACUCCGACCCGAAACCUAACCCCAAGAUCCGAAUCCGGAAACCCGUACCCGACAACUUUCGUCCAAGCCGAUACCACUUCCUUCAAGCAAGUCGUCCAGAUGCUAACCGGAUCCUCAGACAGACCCAAACACCACAACAACAACAACACAUCGUCUCUUAAACCCGACCCGAGAUCCUCCUCUCCUUCCCAAUUCUCUAUCCCUCCGAUCAAAGCCGUCCCCAACAAGAAACAGUCUUCAGGGUUCCGUCUCUACGAGCGCCGUAACUCGAUGAAAAACCUCAAAAUCAACCCGUUAAACCCGGUUUUCAACCCGGUUAACUCGGCUUUCUCCCCCCGGAAACCCGAGAUCCUCUCUCCGAGCAUCCUCGAUUUCCCGUCUCUCGUACUCAGCCCGGUUACUCCUCUUGUACCCGACCCGUUUAAUCGAUCCGGGUCAUCGAAUCGGAGCCCCGACGACGUGGAAGAGAAGGCGAUGAAAGAGAAGGGGUUUUAUUUGCAUCCGUCUCCGGCUCCGGCGACAACUCCGAUGGAUCAAGAGCCUCGUCUUCUUCCUCUGUUUCCGGUGACUUCUCCUAGAGUCUCAGGUUCUUCUACAGCUUCAUGAAAAAGCGUUAAUUUUUUUAACGCUGGUGAGAAUUAUUAUUUACGAGGGAAAUUUUAACGCUGAGAUGAGAUAUGUGCGAUUUGAAAUUAUCGCCUUCAAUUGUAUUAAUAUAUCUCGAUGGUUUUAUUGAUUUGAAUGUUCAUGUUUGCCUUGUUUACUUCGUGUUUGAUGAGUUUAUUCUCCAGAUUUACGAUUACUGGGAAAACAAAUCAUGAUUAAGAAAAUUUGAAUGAGUAGUAUGUAAAAAUAGACUAGUGGAAAAAAUGUUGCUUUGCAA